CUUGAUUUGAUUUGAGUAGGGGGGUCUAAUCAAAUCAAACCUAAUCAUUUGACACACUGAUAACAUGCAUAUCACCCCACCCCGCCCCACUCUCUAUCUCCUUCUCUACCUCCCUUGUCACGCUCCAAGCUCUUGACACCACCGCAAAACUCUACGUCAAAGCCGCCAACUUCCUCCACCCCACCAUCCAAGGACACGAAGCGUAUAAUUGCCCGACCGUGACAUUCCUCAUCACCCACGACUCAUCUGGCAAAAAGUCCUCUUCGACGCCGGCGUCCAGGAAGAUUACUGUAACUACUCCCCUUUGAUCACUAACUGUGUUGCAGCCUCUAUGGACGUGCGCGGUCUCCGCGUCGAGAAAGGCGUAGAUGAAGUUUGACCGAUUCGGGGACAGAACUAGGAGAGGUAGACAGUGUAAUAUAGAUGGAGUCACUAGCACUUCGACCGCAUCGGGAACCUCUCUUUUCUCAUCUAGGACAAAAAUCAACGUAGGACCAGGCUUCACAGCGACUCUCCUGCCUGGUUAUCCUUCUAACCCUGCUUGGCUAAUACUAGAAAGUGAUUACACGGGCAAGGAAAUGGAAGAGAUUGCUUUCUCUGAUGAUGGGGGGCUGAGGAUUGGGAGGUUCAAAGCAUAUGA